CUUACAAUAUGUCUGUAGGCACAACCACUGAUGGCACCAGUGGCCUUGGGAGUAAUGGGCAAGAGUACUCGGUUCCAAGAGCUACGGAGGAACUAUUUAACACUGGUCUAUUGAAGAAUCCUCUGGUAUCCCGCAAUCUCCCCAAGGAGGCAGAAGAAUGUUCGAAAUCCAUCCGGUUCGAAGGGAACGAAAGCCCCAGCAUCCCCAUCAACUGGAGAUUCGCAGAGAGUAUCUCGUCUCUGAAGGGACUGGAAGCCACCAUGAUCAAUAUCCUUCUGAAGAGGAAGUAUAACGUCGAUGCAAAGGAAGUGGUCAUCAAUACUGAUCACGCCCAGCUGUUUGUCAUGUCUGCUUUCUUGUGGGUACUCGACCCAGAUGGAGAGAAGGUCCCCUUUGGCAGCCCCCAGAAGAACGCACUGAAAGAGAAAUACUUCCCUGAUUACGACCUCCACGGGGCAGGGAAAACUCCCUACAGGACCGCCGCGACCAACAUUUAUCGAUGCAAAGACGGCAGGUACUUCCAUCUCCACGGAAGCAUGAAUGCCCAUCCUACCCAGGACAGCCUCGGCCUCCCGCACGACAACCCAACCACGACCUACGAAGAAUCCAUCCAACCUUACAUCGACAAACUCUCGCAGAUCGACUCCGCCACCAUGCAGCCCCUCGCCUCCGACCAGUUCAAGCAAGCCGGCACCAUCUGCUGGACGACCGACGAAUACAAAACCAGCGCCCACGGCCGCGCCAACUCGCACAUCAGCCUCUGGGACAUCCACUCCGUCCCGAACCCUACGCAGCCCCCCUGCUGGUGGCCCUCGAUCGCCGAAACCGGUCCUUCGCGCCCGCUGGCCGGGCUGAAAGUCAUCGACCUGACGCGCGUCAUCGCUGCGCCGGCCGUGACCCGGGGACUGGCGGAGCUGGGCGCCAGCGUACUGCGGAUCACGGCGCCGCACGUCACAGACAUGACGAGCUUGCAUCCAGAUCUGUGCUGGGGGAAGUGGAACGCGCAUCUGGACCUGCGGGACGAGGGGCAGCGGGAGACGAUGCGGGGGUUGAUUUUAGAGGCAGACGUGGUAGUGUCGGGGUACCGGCCGGGGGUGAUGGACAAGUAUGGGUUUUCGCAGGAGGAGAUUUUGGAAUUGUGUAAGGGGAGGGAGAGAGGGGUAGUCGUGGUGAGGGAGAAUUGCUAUGGGUGGAAUGGGGAGUGGAGUUAUCGGAGUGGGUGGCAGCAGAUUAGCGAUGCGAACUGUGGUGUGUCGAUGGAGUUCGGGAGAGCGAUGGGGAAUGAUGAGCCGGUUACGCCGGUGUUUCCGAAUUCGGAUUAUUGCACUGGAGUCGCAGGAGUUAUCGGCAUCUUGGAUGCCAUCCUUCGACGAGGCUCUGACGGCGGGUCGUAUAAAGUUGACCUUUCCCUCAACUACUACUCGCAGUGGCUCGUCAACAGCGUCGGAGUCUACCCCGACGCAGUGUGGCAGGAUGUCUGGAACCGCAACGGACGCCUGGUGUUCCGCCACUACCAUCACAUGGGAUACACCAUCCCACGCUUCAUGAAAAUGCUGACCGACAACGCGAAAGAUGUGGUCCUGAAAGACGAGUUCUUCGAGAACCGGCCGUCGCGGCUGCUCGGGAAGCCGUUCAGAACCGUCAAGCCGGUCAUCCAGUACCGGCAGGGACCGGUGGAGCUGCGGUACAACGUGUCAACACGAGGGAACGGGAUCGAUAAACCGCAGUGGCCGAAGGAUUUGAUGACGGAAUUGAUUGCGUAA